AUGUCGUAUGAUCUGGCGAUGCUCGCCCUGGUCGCGGUCGGCAUCAUCCCUGGAGCCAUAGUGGCCACAUUCGUCGUCGCGGGGGCACCACUCUCUCCCGGCACUCAGGCAGCGACUACGAUCCGACAGAACAACGAUGCUGCGCAGAGAACGGCUGACGCGGUAGAACAGAACUUGGAGCAGCAGACGGAAGUUACAACUGCGCUGCAAGGGGUUAUGGUGGACCAACAGAAUUGA